CUAUCCACCUGCGCUCUUCCCGUUCCCCAACUGCAACAUCCUCUAUCUCUCUCUCUCUCUCUCUCCCUCUCUACCUGCCCCGUUCCUCACCAGUCUCUUCCGCCGGCGUCGACGAGAGCUGCGCUAGGUGAUCUCGACUGCUUCCUCGCCCCCCAUGGCGACGGCGCUCAAAUCGUUCCUGAACAGCCCCGUCGGCCCCAAGACCACCCACUUCUGGGGCCCUGUCGCCAACUGGGGCUUCGUCAUCGCGGGUUUGGUUGACAUGAACAAGCCUCCUGAAAUGAUAUCUGGCAAUAUGACAGCAGCCAUGUGUGUGUAUUCUGGACUCUUUAUGAGGUUUGCAUGGAUGGUACAGCCCCGAAAUUAUUUGCUUCUGGCAUGCCAUGCUUCCAAUGAAAGCGUCCAGCUCUAUCAGUUAUCUCGCUGGGCUAGGUCUCAGGGGUACCUGGAGAAGAAAGAACCAGAGGCCAAACAGUAAAGAGGGUAUCCAACACUGCAGUCAUUUGUUCAAUAAAGAAAAUAUGCUGUGGAAAACAUUCAUUCUGUUGCCAAUGCAGUUUUUUUUGUAUGUUUGCAAAAUAUGCUGAGGAAAUUUCAUGAUACCUAGCGCAGUUACAAGUGUCUGCUUACUUUUAUGUGCAUUUGUCAAGACACAUUUGUUUUUUACAUUGCUGCCUUCCUACUAUUUGGCACUAUUUA